AUGAACAGCGACUCGGAGUGGAACUGCACCCUGCCCAGGAGGCGAUGGACCCGGGCUGCCUCGAGCCCCCCGGAGCCCCUGGACUGCCAGCUCUCAGCCUGGACCGCCUGGAGCCAGUGCGACCCCUGCCAGAAAAAAAGGUACAGGUAUGCAAAGCUUGAGCAGCCGUCCCAGUUUGGAGGUGAGCUGUGCAGUUACUAUGGCCGAGAUGUGGAGCCCUGCAGCACUGCCUCUGCCUGUCGAAACACCAGAAGGUGUGAAGGCUUUGUCUGUGCCAUAACAGACAGGUGCAUUCCUCGAAGACUACUUUGCAACGAAGACGAUGACUGUGGGGAUAAGUCUGAUGAGCAAAACUGUAAGAAGCUGUACCCGGCCUGUAAGACUGAGACAGAGGAAUACUGGGGUGUGGAGAACCUUGGCAAAGGGUCAGUCCAUUGGCAGCUCUGUCUGCAAGUUACUGUAGGGAAGUAUGAGUUUCUAGUGAAUGAAUAUGAAUCGUAUUCCAGUUAUGAGAAAGAUACAUUCCGGUCACACAGUUCUCAGACGAGUGUGAGCAUUGGUAUCACACUGCCUGGCAUUUUUGAGUUUGGAUUCAACUACGACGACAACAGGGUCAAGAAGUUUAUGCAAAAAACCCGUAGUUUUUCGGGCACUAAAAGCAGUUUUCUCAGAGCGAAUUCGAGGCUGGAGGUAGCUCGCUACAGUCUGAAAUCAAGGGGCCUUGUGCUCCAUCACGAGUUCUUUCAGAGGAUUAAGAGCCUGCCUCUGGAGUACGUCUAUGGAGAGUACAGGGAGAUCUUCAAGGACUACGGGACCCAUUACAUCACUGAAGCCACCUUAGGGGGCAUUUAUGAAUAUACUGUUAUUAUGAACCAGAAGACCAUGGAGGAGUCAGGGUACACCCUGAAUGAUGCAAAAACCUGCAUCAACGCGGGGAUGAAAAUCGGAGCUAACAUCGAAGGAGUGUACGUACAUGGCGGAGUGAAAGCUGGCUUUUGUUCUGGUAUGCUAAAAGAAAUUGGAGAUAAUAAAGUGAAAAAGACCUUUGUUGAGGACUUUGUAGCCCUUGUUAAAGGAGGAGCGAGUGAAUACAUCACGAGAAUGGCUUACAAACAGCUUCCCACAGCAGACCUGAUGCAGGAGUGGGGAGAGGCUGUCCAGUACAACCCUGAAAUUAUCGAUUCCAAGACGGAACCUCUGUUCCAGCUGGUGACAGGGACAGAUUUCGCGAAUGGCAAUUUAAUCAGGAGAAACAUGCAACAGGCUCUGGAGGAGUACCUCGCUGAGUCCAGCUCCUGCCGCUGCUCCCAGUGCCGUAACAACGGGGUCACUGUCCUGAAAGGCACGAGGUGUGAAUGCGUGUGUCCAGUGGGGUUUAAAGGAGACGCCUGUGAGAUCACUCAGAGAACAGUCAGUGUGGACGGGAGCUGGAGCUGCUGGUCAUCCUGGUCCUCUUGUACGAACCAGGAGAAGAGAAGAACCCGCCAGUGCACUCACCCUCCUCCGCACAACGGUGGAAGCCCAUGCUCGGGGAUCGAUGCUGAAUCAACACCUUGCAAGUGA